UUCAGGAUAGAGAGCUCCUCCCCUUCCGAUCUCAUACUCUCCCGACUUCGUUCGCCCUCGCGGAUCGCUGGCCAUAGCCUCCCUAGGCUGCGCGCGAGCGGAGCCGGCCGCUACGCUUCUCGGUGGUCAUCCUUCAUCUCCUAGUCUCCUCUCGCGAGAGUCCGUGUGUCUCUCGGUUGCGAGCCGCAACCUCAGCCCCCUGUCUAGACGGCGGACGGUGAACGCUCCCUCCGAAUGGAUGAGGUUGCACAAGCUGUUGCAAAAGUGAAGAAGGAGUGGGAUCAAUCGGUUGUCCAGAUUCAAGAUCGUAUCAGGUUGAUAGAAAGUUGCGGAACGUCUGGAAAAGGAACAGAGGAAGCAAAUUCACUUCCUCGGUUAAACGGUGCUGCACAAGAUGGACUUGCAGUGCUUAGGUCAUUGCAGUUUAAACUUGAUUUUUUUGCCCAGCAGCUUUCAACAGAAGAGGAAAUUCAAUCUGCGCAGCUUACCUUAGAAUUUUGGAAGGAGCAGUAUCAAAGUUUGCAUAAGAGUUUGAGGGAUGCCAACUUGCAAGCCAAAAACAACAUUCGAAAAGCUGCUCAGCAAGAGAGAGAACUUCUUCUAGGAGGUGGAGAAGAGUCAACCAUCCGUAGACGUAAUCUGCAAACAAAGGUUGGAAUGACAUCAGCUGCAGAAAGCAUUACAGAGAGCCUCCGCCGUACGCGCCAAAUUAUGGUUCAGGAAGUAGAAAGAAGUGCAAGUACUUUGGCAACAUUUGAGGAAUCAACGGGUGUCUUGAGACGAGCUGAAAGUGAAUACAAAGGACAUCGGCCUCUACUGAUGCGAACACGCAACUUGCUAUCCACAAUGCGUCGGCAAGAUGUUCUUGACAGGGUGAUACUGGUGGUUGGAUUUCUCAUAUUUACAAGUGCUGUGCUCUACGUCGUCUGGAAGCGCAUAGGGUUGCUGGCGCUUCAGAGGAAGAUAAUGGCAGUCGUCAAGGCAGGUUCCAGGGGCCAAGACGUUGUGCAAGAGUUGGAGAUUGUAUGAAUCCUCUGCCAAACCAUAUCCCAAUCUGGUGCAGCUCCUACAUGCUUUUCAUGGGGCAUUGGAUAUGUGAAAUCUUUCUUUCAUAUUCAUGAAUCAACUAUAACUUUCUUUACAAAAAUAAUUCUACAAAUCAAGCAAUAUGACACUGUUUUAA